AGCGGCACUCGGGAGCCGGGCGGCUGGGCCAGGCGGCGCCUCGGGGGCUGCUGCGCGCCCGCGCCUAGAGCUGCCGCCCCAGGGAGCCCGCCACGGCCGCGCCCCGGGCACGCUCGGCGGCGCCCAACGAUGACCGCUCCCUGGCGGCGCCUCCGGAGUCUGGUUUGGGAAUACUGGGCCGGGCUCCUCGUGUGCGCCUUCUGGAUCCCAGACUCGCGCGGGAUGCCCCACGUCAUCCGGAUCGGAGGAAUCUUCGAGUAUGCGGACGGCCCCAAUGCCCAGGUCAUGAACGCCGAGGAGCACGCCUUCCGAUUUUCCGCCAACAUCAUCAACAGGAACAGAACCCUGCUGCCCAACACCACCCUGACCUACGACAUCCAGAGGAUUCACUUCCACGACAGCUUUGAGGCCACCAAGAAGGCCUGCGAUCAGCUGGCCCUGGGCGUGGUGGCCAUCUUCGGGCCGUCGCAGGGCUCCUGCACCAAUGCCGUCCAGUCCAUCUGCAACGCCCUGGAGGUGCCCCACAUCCAGCUGCGCUGGAAGCACCACCCGCUGGACAACAAGGACACCUUCUACGUGAACCUCUACCCCGACUACGCCUCUCUCAGCCACGCCAUCCUCGACCUGGUCCAGUACCUCAAGUGGCGGUCGGCCACCGUGGUCUAUGACGACAGCACAGGGCUCAUCCGGCUGCAGGAGCUCAUCAUGGCUCCUUCAAGAUACAACAUCCGCCUCAAGAUCCGCCAGCUCCCCAUCGACUCGGACGACGCGCGMCCCCUGCUCAAGGAGAUGAAACGCGGCCGGGAGUUCCGCAUCAUCUUCGACUGCAGCCACACCAUGGCYGCCCAGAUCCUCAAGCAGGCCAUGGCCAUGGGCAUGAUGACCGAGUACUACCACUUCAUCUUCACCACGCUGGAUCUCUACGCACUAGACCUGGAGCCCUACCGCUACUCGGGGGUGAACCUGACGGGGUUCCGCAUCCUCAACGUGGACAACCCCCACGUCUCAGCCAUCGUGGAGAAGUGGUCCAUGGAGCGGCUGCAGGCGGCUCCCCGAGCAGAGUCUGGCCUGUUGGAUGGAGUGAUGAUGACCGACGCGGCCUUACUGUACGACGCUGUCCACAUCGUGUCCGUGUGCUACCAGCGGGCCCCCCAGAUGACGGUGAACUCCCUGCAGUGCCAUCGGCAUAAGGCCUGGCGCUUUGGUGGCCGCUUCAUGAACUUCAUCAAGGAGGCUCAAUGGGAAGGAUUAACUGGACGGAUUGUUUUCAACAAAACCAGUGGCUUGCGGACAGAUUUUGAUCUGGACAUCAUCAGCCUGAAGGAAGAUGGCCUGGAGAAGGUGGGGGUGUGGAGCCCCGCUGAUGGGCUCAAUAUCACGGAGGUUGCCAAAGGCCGAGGCCCUAAUGUCACCGACUCUCUGACAAACAGGUCACUCAUCGUCACCACCGUGCUGGAGGAGCCCUUCGUCAUGUUCCGGAAGUCCGACAGGACCCUGUACGGGAAUGACCGCUUCGAGGGCUACUGCAUUGACCUGCUCAAGGAGCUGGCCCACAUCCUGGGCUUCUCCUAUGAGAUCCGGUUGGUGGAGGACGGCAAGUACGGGGCRCAGGACGACAAGGGCCAGUGGAAUGGCAUGGUCAAGGAGCUCAUCGACCACAAGGCAGACCUGGCCGUGGCUCCCCUGACCAUCACGCAUGUCCGUGAGAAGGCCAUCGACUUCUCCAAGCCCUUCAUGACGCUCGGAGUGAGCAUCCUGUAUCGCAAGCCCAACGGCACCAACCCCAGCGUGUUCUCCUUCCUCAACCCCCUGUCCCCGGACAUCUGGAUGUAUGUGCUCCUCGCCUACCUGGGUGUCAGCUGCGUCCUCUUCGUCAUUGCCAGGUUUAGUCCCUAUGAGUGGUACGAUGCCCACCCCUGCAACCCGGGCUCCGAGGUGGUGGAGAACAACUUCACUCUGCUCAACAGCUUCUGGUUUGGAAUGGGCUCCCUCAUGCAGCAAGGGUCUGAACUGAUGCCCAAAGCUCUGUCCACGCGCAUCAUCGGUGGCAUCUGGUGGUUCUUCACGCUCAUCAUCAUCUCCUCCUACACGGCCAACCUGGCUGCCUUUCUGACUGUGGAGCGCAUGGAAUCGCCUAUCGACUCUGCCGAUGACCUGGCCAAGCAAACCAAGAUCGAGUAUGGGGCCGUCAAGGACGGAGCCACCAUGACCUUCUUCAAGAAAUCCAAGAUCUCCACCUUCGAGAAGAUGUGGGCUUUCAUGAGCAGCAAGCCCUCGGCUCUGGUGAAGAACAACGAGGAGGGCAUCCAGCGGACGCUGACGGCGGACUACGCGCUGCUGAUGGAGUCCACCACCAUCGAAUACGUCACCCAGAGGAACUGCAACCUCACCCAGAUCGGGGGCCUCAUCGACUCCAAGGGCUACGGCAUCGGCACACCCAUGGGCUCCCCGUACAGGGACAAGAUCACCAUCGCCAUCCUGCAGCUGCAGGAGGAAGACAAGCUGCACAUCAUGAAGGAGAAGUGGUGGCGGGGCAGCGGGUGCCCCGAGGAGGAGAACAAGGAGGCCAGCGCCCUGGGCAUCCAGAAGAUCGGCGGCAUCUUCAUCGUCCUGGCCGCUGGGCUGGUCCUGUCUGUGCUGGUGGCCGUGGGCGAGUUCGUGUACAAGCUCCGCAAGACAGCAGAGCGAGAACAGCGUUCCUUCUGCAGCACCGUGGCCGAUGAGAUCCGUUUCUCCCUCACCUGCCAGCGUCGGGUCAAGCACAAGCCACAGCCUCCCAUGAUGGUCAAGACUGACGCCGUCAUCAACAUGCACACAUUCAAUGACCGCCGGCUUCCGGGCAAGGACAGCAUGACCUGCAGCACAUCCUUAGCCCCUGUGUUCCCCUAGGCUCAGGUGGGGUGGGGACCACAGGCCUGACGCCAGGUAAAAGAAACUGGAAACUGGAAAGGAUAUCCCCAUCCCCCACGCUGAGCUUGGGGACCAGAGCUACUGCCUGCAUGUGGGGCCAGGAACUCUCGGCCCCGACCCACCAGGAAACCAGCAGGCCUCAGGCCCGCUGUGGGGGCUUCCUUCUCCUCCUGUCUCUUCUGUGGGUUUCUAAAGCUGCCAGCCAAGAUAGCCAAGGCCAAAGGAAGCACAUGCCUCUCUCAGGCCAAACUCACCUCCCCCACCCCCAACUUUCCUCCAGAGUCAGGCCAUAGGAAAUGGGAAAUAGAUCUUCUAUGGCCACUCCUUCCCCAAGAGCCCAAGCCUUCUUGGUCUUGACCAUGAGACCAGAGAUGCAAAACUGGGCACCUUGAGGAUCUUGGAGUGGGGUUGCCAAUGGAAACCCAAGGAUGGUCAUCCCCUGCGGCUGGGUAAAAGGGAGACUUCAGCCCCUGAGGGCGGUUCACAUGGCCCUGAUCUUCUAGACUUGGCUUGACCCCUGGCAGCCCCUUGGCCAAGUUGAAGGCAGAAUGAAAAAGAGGAGAGAAGAGAAUGCACAGAUAGAAGCCGCCAUUUUGAAUCCUGACGGAUAAUGUCCCGAUGGCUCCCACUCCUCUAAAAGGGGUAAUAGUCACCACGAAUUCUCCAUGUUCUGUCCAGAGGAGAGAGGACCCCAUGUGUCUCUCACAAAGGAUGCCCAAAGAUCCAUCUGAUAUUUGAAGCCCAGGAGAGGAACUGUGGAUUCCAUGAAAAAUCCACAAGCCCUUGAGCCACGGACUUGCUUUGCUGGUCAUCUAGCUGUUUUCUAAACCUCSUUGGCAUUUGGGAACCUGGGAUCUACCGUCUACUCAUCACCCACUCCCCAUGCCUAGCCAGUUGAACUUGGCCUUGCUUUCAUCUUGAAAGAAUGACCUCGAUUGAAGUGAAAGUCAAAUUAUCCCUUCUUAAAAGAGGGGUCAGUGUCCUAUUGAACCGGCUAACUUUGGGGUAGGUGGGAAAAUCCUGAGGGGACCCAAAUAACUCCUG